GUGUACUCACUCUUUGAGCCCAACUGUAAAGAUGAUGAAGCUGAUCCUGGCCUUGUGUGCCCUGGUAGCACUUUCUGAGUGCUUCAGGGUUCCUCUGAUCAAAGGCAAGACUGUGCGUGAGAAGAUGAUGGAGAAAGGCCUUUGGGAGAAGUUCAGGAAGGAACAUCCCUACAGCCCCAUGGUCAAGUUUGUGCAGGAUGGUACUGAGUCCAUGACUAAUGAUGCUGAUAUGUCCUACUAUGGUGAGAUCUCCAUUGGCACCCCUGGUCAGACCUUCACAGUGAUUUUUGAUUCUGGCUCCUCGAACCUGUGGGUGCCCUCUGUUUCCUGCACAGACUACGCCUGCCAGAGCCACAAGAAGUUCAACCCUUCUGCUUCCAGCACUUUCCAGAAUGCCAGUGAGGCUCUCUCCAUUCAGUACGGCACUGGUAGCAUGACUGGUUACCUGGCAUACGACACUGUGACGGUUGGUGGAAUGGCAAUUCAGAAUCAGAUCUUUGGACUGAGCGAGGCUGAGGCAACCUUUAUGGGUAGCAUGGCUGCAGAUGGCAUCCUGGGUCUGGCCUACCAGUCUAUUGCCUCCGAUGAUGCCACCCCUGUCUUUAACAACAUGGUUAGCCAGGGCCUGGUCUCCCAAGACCUCUUCUCAGUCUACCUGAGCAGCAAUGAGGAGCAGGGCAGUGUGGUGAUGUUUGGUGAGAUUGACACCUCCUACUACACUGGUAACAUCUACUGGAUUCCUCUGUCUUCUGAGACCUACUACCAGAUCACUAUGGACAGUGUUACCAUCAACGGGGAGACUGUUGCUUGCUCUGGUGGGUGUCAGGCUAUUAUUGAUACUGGAACCUCCCUGAUUGUGGGGCCAUCCAGUGAUAUUAGCAACAUUAACUCCUGGGUGGGCGCCACCACAGACCAAUAUGGAGAUGCUACCGUGAGCUGCAGCAACAUCCAGAGCAUGCCUUCGAUUACCUUCACUCUUAAUGACUACACUUUCACCAUCCCUGCUUCAUCCUACGUCUCUGAUAUCUCUGGUACCUGCAUCACUGGUUUUGGUGGCAGCAGUGACUCACUGUGGAUCUUGGGUGAUGUUUUCAUCAGAAACUACUACACCAUCUUUAACAGGGGUAACAACAGUAUGGGCCUGGCUAAGCUUGCAUAAUCGAAGAGGGCAAAAUUGUUGGUUUUUCAACCAACAAUGCAUGUAACAUGUUCACUCACAAAAGGGUAACUUUUGUAAGCAAUAAAAUAUAUACUACAGCAUCAAAACUC